AUGGGUAAAUGUGGCAAGGGUACGGGGUCGUUCGGUCUCCGCAACGGCAAGACCCACAUACUGUGCCGCCGCUGCGGCAAUCGCGCCUUCCACAACCAGAAGAAGAAGUGCGCCUCGUGCGGCUACCCUGACAAGAAAACGAGGCGCUACAACUGGUCGUUCAAGGCCGUCCGCAGGCGAACCACGGGCACAGGCAGGUGCCGCUACCUUAAGACCAUGCCGAGGAGGUUCAAGAACGGCUUCCGCUCCGGCACUAAGCCCCCGGCCAAGAAGAACAUCGGACCCGCCACCGUAUAA